AUGGCUGGAACUGAAUCUCGUGGAUCGGCAGUACUUGACAGGAGGUUGUCGGUGCGGUUCUCGACGCAACUUGACCAUGGCAAUAGUGAUCAUGAUCUGGACGUCGAAGCAAUGGGGAUUUCGGACGGCUUUAGGCCAUCGGGUGCUGGAACUGGCCACGACAGAAUAGUGUCACAAGUAUCGGCGAGCAGGAACCCUCCACCACGACCUUCAGGUACGACGAACCCGCCGGCGCCCGACUCCUUUGCCCUACAACAUGACGGUGCGACGGGAACGGAAAUAAGGACGAAUUCCACGAUUUCGUCGUCCACGAAUCCCCCUAUGGCGAGGUCCUCGAGUGGUUCGACCGAUAUACCCUACGUUAGGUCUGAGAGUCCCUAUCAAGGACCGGCACAACCCUCGCAUCCAUACCAAAUGUAUCCGCAGGAGUCACAGGUGACAAGGACUGCGAGUAUGGCAACAACUUCUACGGUUCCAGUAUCGGAAAGAUCGUACACAGGGCCCAGUGGGCCAACCCAUCCAUAUGGAAUGUACGCGCAGAACAUUACUCCUGAACGAGAGGCGGCAGAGAGCUCUCGACCUACUCCGCCCGUUGCUGUUGGGUUUCCCGGUCUAAACAACCAUUAUCAACGCCGGCUUGGCCCUGAUGGCGAGGAGGUUGCCGAUAUAAUCGGACCAGACGGCCACACCGAACAACUGCCACCAUACACGCAGUAUCCCGACGAGGCUCUGGCAAGGAAGACUCGCCCAAAUGUAGCAGUGCCUCCUGCUCCUGUUCCGGGUGCGGGAGGGAUUGGAUUGGCAACGCGGAACCCGGAAUUUGCAUCGCAGGAGGACCUGAGCUCACCUCAAUCCCGGCGCAGCAUCAUGUCGGACAUGAGUAGUCAUCAAGUCAAUACAGCUGCGGCAGUUGUUUCAGAAAAGCCAGCGUUGAAGAACUGGCAAAAGGCCGCGCGGAGGAAAGUUUGCGGCAUUGUUCCUGUCUGGGUGCUCGCCCUCGUGGCCCUCGUUUUCAUCAUGUUUGGGAUCAUUCUGGGGACUGUGCUUGCAAUCCUCAAACCCAAGCGCCCUCCAUCCUCAAAACAUUAUAGUUCUCGUCCGAAUCCAGAAUCUGAAAGCACCAUCUAUACCACAAUGACCACAACAUUUGAUGCCACCCCGCUUACCGCGGUUCCGACGGGGAUGCCACCGCUGCCAACCGGGACCUUCGCUGUGCCUAUAUCAGUCCCCGCCCUCAAUCAAGCCAGCUGCAUCCAAGACACCGCCCAGAGUAACGCUUGGGCUUGUGGGAUCGCUUUUGCACCUGGACCUCUACAGAUAACUGUCGCUGGCUCCACCCGCUCGUCUAAUCCACUAGAAAACAAUGAGGUCAACUUGAGUUACGGAAAUAACUCGUUGAAUUCAUUUACAUACGGUGCCCAAGCUCCGACAUUGAGCGAGUCGCGACCGUUGAAACUUGUAACCGAUGUUACUGAUGCUGCAAGGGGUCCGGCAUGGUGGUUCCAAAUGCCGUACGACAAGUUGGUUGUUCUGCACGAAAACAACCUCGCGCCCCUUAACAAAAGACGAGAGGGAAAGUCCCAUGAACCCUCAGACUGGGUCCGAAAAGGAGUCGCUGUCCCUGGGGACUCACCAUGGUUCUGUUAUUGGAAUGGCACGAUACUGGAAGCGUUCAUCUAUGUCAACCAAACAAGCUCGUGGGGCAGCAAGUCAUCUCCGAUACCUUCCGGCGCUCCAAGCUCAACAACUGGCUCUGAACAAUCAUCCACCUAUAGCACAAGUGUUCCGACUUCAUCAAAUGCCCAAACAGACGGCCCCUCUUCUCGAUAUGGCCCUCCUACCCCCCCAUACCCGAAGGUUGUAAAGAUAGAAGAGCACAGAAUGUCACGAGGGCCCCGAGUUUCGGCUCCCUACUGUGUCCAGCAUAAAAUAAACGCCGACAAUUCCGCGACCCCAGUUCUGAAUAGUACCGGCCAGCCUAUCACAGUAUAUCUGAAUGAGACGGAGUCUACUAACUUUGGAAGACGCUAUGUCGAUCUCAACGAAAAACGUGCUGACCUGAGCGAACGGGAUUUCGCCAACAAGUGUGGUUGUGUCUGGUUAUAUUCAUGA